GCGGCUUGCGGCCAUGAAGGCCACGCGCACAGCCACGCGCACACGGAGGGCCACGAAGACGACCUCGACGAGCUGGGCCUGGCGUUCGAUCCGACGCUGGCUUCGUGUUGCGAGCGCGACGAGCACGAGUACAAGAAGGCCAUGAAGCUCAAGGCCGUGCUGACGGCGCACGACCGAACGUCGGGCGCUGUGCGGAUGCGCCAGCAACUGUUCCAGCCGCCGCCGCCAGGCGCUGCGGUGCUGCAUCCCUCGGUGGUCGCGCUUCAGGUCCCGCCGCCGCGCGUGUCCGCCUCGGACUCUGAGGAUUCCGACGACUUCGACGACAGCGACGACGAGUUUGGCGUGGAGGCAAUGCUGGCGGCACGACGCAAGCAGUUCGAGCAGCAGCUGCACAAGGCGGCGCAGGACGCUGCCGAAGGAUAUGGAGUAGUGCUGGAUGCGGCGCUGGCGCAGUUUGUGCAGGAGCUGCAGAACGAACCGGAGGUGCCUCGCGUGGCGCUCGUGGUGGACAGCGCCGCAGCUGAGUCGCCAGGGUUCUUGCGUGCCAUGCGCGGUGAGAUGUCCGCCGUGGCGCAGCGCUUCCUGGGUACAAAGUUCUACGUAGUGAUGGCGACGCGCGAUGACGACGCGCUGCGGCAGCUUCGGCUACCUUCGGUGCCGUCGUUGGCGGCGUUCCGCCGAGGCGAGCGUGUGGAUUCCAUCGCGCUGGACCCAAAGGCGCUGGUUACGGAGCUGGAGGUGCUCUGGGAGGCCCGCUUCCUGCCGUGGCUCACCAAGUGCAGCGUGCUGACCAGUGAGCGUCAAGCUUCGCAGAAGGCUCGGAGUAAAGCGGGCAGUAGGAAGGCUGCGGACGAGGAUGAGACGGAGCGCGAGGGCUUCGACUGCGGCGUAGAAGGCUGCCGCCUUCGCUUCGGCUACGAGCACGAGCACGUCGGCACCUCGCAGCAGACCAAGGACGAGAUCGCCGCGUGGCGC